AUGGCGGCGGACAGCGAGCAGCGUGUUUCCUUGUCUCAGAACUUGGCCCGGCAUCUUAACUGCUUAAGCGAUGAAAACAAGAGUGCUAGGAGACGUGCGCUGGUCGCCAUACAGCAGGAGGUGGAGGGGAGUUUGUCCAGUUCUGCUUUGCAAGAGGUGUUCGAGGAGCAACUGCUUAGGCCGCUACUCAGGUGCCUGUCAGACUCUACGGAGAAGUGUAGGGAGAUUGCUAUCUUGAUCCUCAGCCACUGUGUGAGGAAUGUGCCCAUGCCUCAGAACUCCUUGCCCUAUAUGAUACCAGCCAUCACUCAGCGUUUGGGCGGCCAGGAAAUCGUGGAGCCAGCUGAGGAACUUAGGCUGUCACUGACAGAGCUGCUAACAUUGAUUGUUGAAGUCUGCGGUAACAAGCUGGCACCUUACCUGGAUGAGAUGGUCAGGAUCCUGCAGAGGGCCAUUGUAGAUCCCUUCCCAGAUGUGAAGAAACAAAGCUGCAAAUGUGCCAGUAAUUAUGCCAAGGCCAUCCCAGAACAUUUUCAUAUGCAGGCAGAAUCUUUGAUCAAACCUCUCAUGCAAACCAUUUCACAUCAGCACUCCAAAGUUCGUAUUGCAGUCAUCCAGACAACGGGUACAGUAAUACAGUAUAGCAAUGGGAAAUCUGUGGACGAUGUCCUCUCACACCUUGCACAGAGACUCUUUGAUGAUGCCCCUCAGGUUCGGCAAGCGGUAACGGUUGUUGUUGGGAACUGGCUUUUGGACCUUAGAGAUAGAUACUCGUACUUCCAUAAGUUGAUACCUCUUCUGUUGAGCAGUAUUACAGAUGAUAUGUCUGAUAUUAGACAACUGGCUGUAAAUUACUGGGAGAAAACUGGUUUGCAGUGGGAGAAAGAAAAUGAAGAAAAUCUGAAGGAUAAGCUUGACUUCAGUGCGCCGUGUCCUGCAUAUUACCCAUCAGGUGUAACGAGGCCCGGACUUGGAUGUCGUGAGUUAAUCUUCAGAAACCUAUCGAAAAUUCUCCCUGCCAUCAGCCAUGACAUUACAGACUGGGUGAUCGGAACAAGGAUUAAAGCUUCACAGCUUCUGACUGUUCUGCUUCUGCAUGCAGAGGAUCACAUAACUCAGCACAUGGAGCUCCUGCUGAAUACUCUCUAUAGGUCAUGCUUGGAUGAAGAGGCUCAAGUUGUCCUCAAUAGUAUGAAAUCAGCAGAGCUAAUUGGAACAUUUGUGAAUCCAGAGGUAUUUCUAAAGCUAAUACUGCCUUCACUUAAAAAAUGUCCACUUGCCUCCCAUUUGAUGAUCCUGGCAGCAGUUAUUAGAGGAAGCACAAAAGAGAUGCUGCAGCCCUAUUUACACCGUAUAACCAGUGUGAUCUCUCAGGCAGAGAUCUGUCAGGGAUCAGAAAAGGUUCUGUAUCUUGAGCAGUUGCUAUGUGCUAUACAGUCCCUAAUCAGCGUAUGUCAGGAAGACUGUAAAGAUGUCAGUUUUUAUUGCAUGAAAAUCCUGAUCACCAUACUGGCCAGUCCUGCUUCUGAAAACCUUUAUGACAAGGUUCAAAGAACACUUUUGACAUUGGCUGAGGUACAAGGCUUACAUGGGCUUCAAGACCUUUAUAGGCUGCACAUACAGCAGUUAUUGGAAUGGGUAUCUGAAAAAUGUGAGCACUGGACAAGCUUUUCAGUAGAGCGUGUACAGUUUGAAGUCAUUGUUACUGAAUCCGGUCCAGUUGUCGGAGAAGUUCUUCAUCUGUUAAUGCCAAUUCUCAAGACGUACCUUCAGCCAACUAAAGAUCCACAGAUGCGCUUGAAAAUUUUCACAAUGUUGUCAAAAUUGCUACUUAAAGCCAAUGAAACAGUCAAUUCUCAGGGGCAAUUUCACCAUUAUUCUGAAAGCUUAAUAAAGGAUGUGUUUGUACCAAAUCUCAAGUGGUGCGCUGGGAGGACUGCAGGCGCCAUCCGCACAGUAACCAUUUCCUGCUUAUGGACCCUUCUGCAGAGUGAGGUUUUGUCACCUCAAGAGAUUUUGCAGGUACAAGAUGUUUUGAUGUCUCAAGUGAUCACCACACUGGAGGAAGAAUCAAAGAUCAGCCGGCUAAUGUCUUGUCGCAUUAUCAGGACUCUUCUGAGCAUCUGUAAACAUCAGCUGGACCCUGAUAAACUGAACAAAAUAUACCCAGAGCUCUUAAAGCGCCUUGAUGAUGCUUCAGAUGAAGUGAGAGACACAGCUGCAAAAACACUUGGUCUUUGGUUUAAAUGCAUCAACCAUGAGUAUGAGAGAACUACAUAUAGGAGCCAUAUAGAAUUUUUAUACAGGGGUUUGUUGCUUCACCUUGAUGAUCCUGAUAAUAGUUUACAAGAAACUUUGUUGGAGGUUCUUAAAGAAGCGAGUGUCAUUUACCCAUCCUUGUUAAAAGAAGAAAUUGAAGCCGUGCAGCAUAAGCACAGAUCCCAAGCUUACUGCAACCAGCUGCUACAUCAUAUCCAGACAUGUAUAAAUAAUGAGCUCACACAAACCAUGUAGCUUACAGAUUCUUUUAGAGCCACUUUGUUGGUAGGGAGUAAUUUGACAAAUUGUGUUGAUGAAACUUGCAGAUAUAUCAUUUAAAAAAACUAACAUUUUAAAUAUUACAUAUUUUGUUUUCAGAAUCAAAUUAAAAUGAUCUCUAUUGUUUACAAUUAAAGGGACAGAAAGUGAACAUUAUGCUGGGAUUAUAUGGCCUCAACAUACUGUUGCAAGACGUUUAGUGCUUUUAUUAAAUUACUGCUUUAGCUUUUUUUCAGUGCUGUAUAGGCACUGCAUGAUCACGCCGAUUUAUUGUGAUCUCUUCUCUAACACAAGUGAAAAUGCAUAGAGCACUCUCACCAGUCAGCACCGGUCAUAGUGAAGACAUUGAAACAAAAUGUACACAGAGUGUGAAAAAAGCAACCUAUUAUAUGACCUAUGCAGAUUACAGCUCCUACUGUACAGUACCAGUAUAUUGUCCACCUUUAUGUCCUUUUUACUAGUUAACAGUAAACUACUUACUGUAAAAUAUAUGUAUGUUUUGUACACAUUACAGCAGUAAUUGGUGUUGGGACACCCUUGGAUGUCACAACUUGUUGCUAAGGUUGUAAUACUGAAUUAAAGUUGCACUAAAUACAUUUCAUGCAUCUCCUCCUAAUCACGGGUGCUACCAUUAUGGAACAUAGGUUACACUGCAGGUAAAAACAGAUCUGCAUUAAAAUGCAGUGAAAGAGAUUUCAACAUGGCAGCCUGGGAAUAACCUCAAUGGUAUGCUUAUAAAAUAUAUUUAGUGUUUAAUGUAACGUUAAAGAUAAUAAGAUCUUAAAGGAUCAUGCAAUUCAAAAGUGAAGUGCAUUUAAGUGCCCUUUUAUUUUGAAUAGUAGCAUUUCAGGUUCAUGUGAUAUCCCUGAUCUGUUUGUACAUAUAGAUUUUUCACCCAAGGAUUAUACAAUAUAAAACAUUUAGUUCAGUUUUAUCCUCAAAGAUAAAUUUAGUUAUUAAAGGCACUAAUUAGUGAUCUAUACACACAUAUUAGUGUUUAGAUGCAUUUUAUUUUCUGAAAUAUGUGCUAAAAUACUUAUAUUUAACACUGAAACACGCUCUACCAGUACAAUUGUGCAUUUCUGGAACAAUCUUGUUUAUUUAAGCUUUUAUAUUUCAUAUUUGUAGAUAUUGAUGGUUUGUUGUUUUUUUAAUAAACUGUUUCAUAUAUAUAUAUAUAUUUUAUUUUAUUUUUAAAACACUCAUGCAUUUCAGUGUUGGCUGCUAUGUCCAAUUAAUAACUUGUGGAUUUAUUUUUGACCAUAAAUUUUUUCAUGGAACACAUUUCAUAAAAUCGUAUGUAUGUGUGUGUAUAUAUAUCGCUCACAUAAAUCACAGUGGUGUUAGCAAUACAUUUUUAUAUUAUCAAAAUUAAGUAAUUCUUUUUUAUGUUUAUUUUAGUGUUCUAAUCUUAGUAUCUGAAACGCUGAGGAUUAUAUAUAUAUAUAUAUAUAUAUAUAUAUAUAUCGUAUUUAAGGGUGGCACAUAAAUCUCCAAUGUAUAUCAAGGGUGUCCCAAACACAAAUAGGCUUUGAACCACUGUACUCAUGCAUAGGUUUAUUGUACUUUUUAUUGUGAUGGAAAAUGUGGGAUUUGCCUAUUCAUAAAACAGAGACUAAUAUCAUCAUCUGACAUAGAUAAAGAUGCAAACAUUAAAUUAUUUAUACAAUACAAAUGAAAUUUAAUGAUCAUUUGUUAAUCUUCAUUUUGUCUUUUAUUCAUCCAGCAACAGUGGGUAUCCUGUAUGUUUCUGCAUUUCUGGGUUCAGCUGUUUAAUUGGUCACAUUUUAUUGCUGAAGCUAAAAGACGGGACUUUGUUGUUUUUAAUAAAUUACGAUAUCCACUCUUA